AUGAGCUCCAAAAAGUAUGCUUUCCUCCCCAUGGAUGACGGGGAAGUUGGGCCUCAAAAAGUAUCAAAGGAAAAGAAACACAGGUCCCGCAAUCGCGACCGCGACGACAAGACGGCGUCGCGCUCGUCGAGAUCCCACCGCCAACGCAGCCGCAGCCGGUCGACAUCGCGCCACCGAUCCUCGCACCACACUUCCAGUCGAUCCAAACACUACCGGCGACGCGAUGACGGGGGUGAUGCGGAAGACCGGUGGGCGGACGAGGAGCCCCCCUCGGAUGAGCCUGAGGAGGAGGACGAUGAGCCCGAGUUCCAGGAGUCAGCGAACAAGCGCGUGAAGUUGAGUCACGACGCCGACAAGGAGGACGAAGAACUCUCCGACGGGGCGAAGGAGGAACUCCAGCGUAAAAAGGAUAUCGAGGAGAGAGACGCGUUUGCGAACAGGCUUAAGAAUAAAGAUGAUGGACGAUCCAAGAGGGACCACAGAGAUGGAGAGGCCUCGGCGAGGCGCAAGCUGGCCGACGACGCAGCUGCCCGGAAUGCGGCCUUGCCAGACUUGAGGGAAAGGUCGCGACAGGAGUACUUGAAGAAGCGCGAGAUGGAGCGGCUUGCGCUUUUGAGGAAGCAGGUAGCAGAGGAGACCCAAGAGCUUCGCAGCGGCGUGCGGCUGUCGGACAAGGAGAGGGCCGAGUUUGCGAAAAAUAGGGAGAUCUUACGUUUGGCCGAGGAGCGAUUGAAGAUUGACGACCACCGUGAUGGAUACUACAUGCCUGAGGACUAUAUCACAGAGAAAGGGAAAAUGGACCAGAAGAAGAAGGAAGAGGCGCUGUACAAACGAUACGUCGACAAAGACGAAUUUGGCCAGGAGAAGUUCGUGACAGAGCAUGAAGAAUGGGAGAAGGAGCAAACAGCAAAAGCCAAGGCCCAGAUCCAGCGGCCAGAACGAGAAAAUGAAGACUACGACUAUGUGAUGGACGACGCUCAGUAUAUCCAAUGGAGCCUGGACAGCCGUAUGGCCGGCGAGGGUAAACAGCUUACAAAGGAGCAGCGUUUCCUAGAAGCCCAGAUCGACGCAGCAGAGAAGAAGGCCCUCUCUAUCCAGGAGACCAGGAAGACGCUCCCUAUAUACAAAUAUCGAGACGAGUUUCUGGCGGCUCUGGAAACGCAUCAAAUUUUAGUCAUCGUCGGAGAAACUGGUAGUGGAAAGACCACCCAACUGCCGCAGUAUCUCCACGAGGCCGGGUACACCAAGAACGGCAUGAAGGUCGGCUGUACGCAACCGCGACGAGUGGCCGCCAUGAGUGUUGCAGCUCGUGUAGCUGAUGAGGUGGGCGUCAAAGUAGGGAACGAGGUUGGAUACUCGAUUCGAUUCGAGGACUGCACGAGCGAAAAGACGAUUCUCAAGUACAUGACGGAUGGCAUGUUGCUUCGGGAAUUCAUGACCGAGCCAGACUUGGCCGGUUACUCAGCCUUGAUGAUUGACGAAGCUCACGAACGUACGGUGCAUACUGACAUUCUGCUUGCCCUCAUCAAGGACCUCUCGAGAGAGCGUCCCGACCUGAAGCUUCUCAUUUCCUCUGCUACAAUGAAUGCGGAGAAGUUCUCGACGUACUUCGAUGACGCUCCCAUUUUCAACAUCCCUGGUCGACGGUAUCCGGUCGAUAUCUACUACACCCCGGCCCCAGAAGCCAACUAUCUAGCAGCUGCCAUCACCACCACCUUUCAGAUCCAUACCACGCAAGACAAGGGUGAUAUUCUCAUUUUUCUUACAGGUCAAGAUGAGAUCGAAGCUGCCGAACUGGAAAUUGCCGAAACUGCAAAGAAACUGGGCACUCGUAUUAAGGAAUUAAUCAUCUGCCCUAUUUAUGCCAACCUGCCGUCAGAUCUCCAGGCCAAGAUCUUUGAGCCUACCCCGGAAAAUGCUCGCAAGGUCGUCUUGGCGACCAACAUUGCCGAAACCAGUUUGACCAUUGAUGGAAUUGUGUACGUCAUUGAUCCUGGCUAUGUCAAAGAGAAUGUCUACAACCCAGCUACUGGCAUGUCCAACUUGGUGGUCGUUCCGUGCUCACGAGCCUCUGCUGGCCAGCGAAGUGGUCGUGCUGGACGUGUUGGGCCUGGAAAGUGUUUCCGACUGUACACCAAAUUCGCCUACAUGAACGAAAUGGACGAGUCAACCACUCCUGAAAUCCAGCGAACCAACCUCAACGGCGUUGUGUUGCAACUCAAGUCUCUGGGUAUCAAUGACUUGCUCGACUUUGACUUCAUGGACCCGCCACCUACCGAGGCGCUCAUCGGCGCGUUGAAUCAGCUGUUUGCCCUCCAGGGGUUGAAUCACAAGGGCGAGCUCACAAAACUUGGACGCCAGAUGGCCGAGUUCCCCACUGACCCGAUGCUGGCCAAGGCAGUUCUCGCCGCUGACAAGGAAGGUUGCGUGGAGGAGGUCCUCUCCAUCGUGUCCAUGCUGAGCGAAGCCUCGGCGCUCUUCUUCCGCCCCAAGGACAAGAAGAUCCACGCCGACAGCGCCCGAAACCGGUUCACCGUCAAGGACGGCGGCGACCACAUCACCCUCCUCAACAUCUGGAACCAGUGGGUCGACAGCGACUUCUCCCCCGUCUGGUCCCGCGAGAACUUCCUGCAGCAGCGGUCCCUCACCCGCGCCCGCGACGUCCGGGACCAGCUCGCCAAGCUCUGCGAGCGCGUCGAGGUCAGCCCGUCGACAUGCGGUGCCAGCAACCUGCCCCCCAUCAAGCGCGCCAUCACGGCGGGCUUCUUCCCCAACGCCGCGCGCCUCCAGAAGAGCGGCGACAGCUACCGCACGGUCAAGAACAACACCACCGUCUGGAUCCACCCCAGCAGCGUCCUCAUGUCCAUCGACCCGCCCGAGAAGAUGGUCGUCUACUUUGAGCUCGUCCAGACCACCAAGGAGUACAUGCGCAGCGUGAUGCCCAUCGAGGCCAAGUGGCUCUCCGAGCUCGCGCCGCACUUCCACAAGAAGAAGGACGUGGAAGAGAUGGAACAGAAGAAGAUGCCCAAGCAGAGAUCGUGA